AUGAAGGGCAUUCAGAUCAAGGAGUAUGUCAAGGGCCCAGAUGAUCUCACGGUCCAGUCCUUCCCAGACCCUACACCAAAAGACGACGAGUACUUGAUCGCCAUUCACGCAUCUGCGACCAACUUCUUUGAUCUGCUGCAGAUUCGCGGCAAGUACCAACACCAGCCGCCUUUCCCGUGGAUCGCCGGUUCAGAGUUCUCUGGUGUCAUCACCGUGGCGCCGCCGUCACUGCCAGGUGGCAAGACGCCCUUGUACAAGGUUGGCGACAAGGUCUUCGGCGCAAGUCAGGGUGGUUAUGCUACACACGUCGCCUGCACCGAGAAGCAACUGAAGCCUGUACCUGAGGGCUGGAGCUUUGCUGAGGCAGCGGGCAUGUUCGUCACUGCACCCACAAGUUAUGCUGGUCUGGUCACGAGGGCAAAUAUCAAGAAGGGUGAUUGGGUGCUCAUUCACGCAGCAGCUGGCGGUGUCGGUCUUGCUGCCGUUCAGAUCGCCAAAGCCUUCGGCGCAACCGUCAUCGCGACUGCUGGUACGCAGCACAAGCAGGACAUCGCUCGCAAGUUCGGCGCCGACUACGCCAUCGAUUACCGACAGGCGGACUGGCCUGAGAAGGUCAAGAAGCUGACUCCCAAGGGUCGCGGUGUUGAUAUCGUAUAUGACCCUGUUGGCCUCAUUGCACAGUCCAUGAAGUGUACGGCAUGGAACGGUAGGCUCUUGGUCGUUGGAUUCGCUGCUGGCGACAUCGAAAAGAUGGCUACCAACCGCAUCUUGCUGAAGAACGUCAGUGUCGUUGGGUUGCACUGGGGUAUGUACGCCGUCAACGAGCCUGAGAUGGUCGACAAGGUGUGGGAGGGCAUCUUCGAGCUAGUGCGAGAAGGCAAGUACAGGGGUACUUGCUACACAGAUACCGAGUACGUUGGACUAGAAAGCGUGCCCGCUGCGCUGAAGGCAUUGGGUGGCCGAGAUAGCUGGGGCAAGGUCGUCAUCAAAGUUCCUCAGGAAGGACAGAGUAAGAUCUAG